CUUAAAUGUAGAAUUUAUUUAUUUAUUUAAUUUAUUAAUUACCAAAGUCGAAUAUGCUGCUGCAGCCAUUGCUGCGGAGAAGCAAGAGCAUGAAAUGCAUCCUCUUCGCCCAAUUGUCACUCUUCUCUCCACCCAAUUUUAACUCUCCCAAUCAAAUCCCCAAUCCCCAUCGUCUUCCUCAUUUCACCUCUGGUUUUUGGAGUUCGAAUUCCAGGAUCAAUCCACGUGGAUAUUGCUCGAGGAGUUAUACUGGAGUGAAAUCAAUGGCGUCCGCGAAAAUUGUUAGCGAUCCGGAGUCGAUUUCAUACUUGAAUCAGCGAGAAGCUGCGGAAAUUGAUGAAAUUCUCAUGGGCCCACUUGGGUUCAGCGUUGAUCAGUUGAUGGAAUUGGCUGGUUUGAGUGUGGCCACUUCUAUAGCAGAGGUCUAUAAGCCAGCUGAACAUAACCGUGUUCUUGCUAUAUGUGGCCCGGGGAAUAACGGUGGUGAUGGUCUUGUAGCCGCUCGUCAUUUGCAUCACUUUGGGUACAAACCGUUUAUUUGUUAUCCAAAACGUACUGAUAAGGCUCUUUACAGUGGGCUAGUAACGCAGUUAGAGUCGCUGUCGAUUCCUUUCCUGUCUGUUGAGGAUCUGCCAGCGGAUUUAUCUGCAAGCUUCGACAUUGUAGUGGAUGCAAUAUUUGGCUUCUCGUUUCAUGGCAGCCCAAGGCCUCCUUUUGACGAUCUGAUACAGAGGUUGGUAGCUUUAGAAAAUCCGAGUCAAAAGAAUGAGAAAUCACCUGUCGUAGUCUCUGUAGAUAUUCCAUCUGGAUGGCAUGUUGAAGAAGGUGAUCUCAGUGGCAACGGCAUUAAACCGGACAUGCUUGUUUCCUUAACUGCUCCUAAGUUGUGUGCCAAAAGAUUUUCUGGUUCCCACCACUUUCUUGGAGGCAGAUUUGUUCCUCCUUCGAUUGCAGAAAAGUUCAAACUCGAACUUCCAGCAUAUCCUGGAACUUCUAUGUGUGUCAGAAUCGGGAAGCCUCCACGAGUUGACAUCUCAGCUCUUAGAGAGAAUUAUAUUUCUCCUGAAUUUUCUGAGGACCAAGCUGAAGCUGAUCCCUUCGCCCAGUUCCAAAAAUGGUUUGAUGAUGCCAUGGCAGCGGACUUGAAGGAACCAAAUGCUAUGGCCCUUUCCACAACAGGAAAAGACGGGAAACCAUCUUCAAGAAUGGUAUUGCUGAAAGGAUUUGACAGAGACGGUUUUGUUUGGUACACUAAUUACGAAAGUCAAAAGGCUCGUCAAAUAUCAGAAAAUCCUCAAGCCGCUCUCCUGUUCCACUGGGAUGCUUUGAAUCGUCAGGUAAGAGUUGAAGGCUCAGUGCAGAAGGUUCCGGAUGAGGAAUCUGAGCAGUACUUCCACAGCCGUCCCAGAGGAAGCCAGAUUGGAGCGAUAGUUAGCAAACAGAGUACUGUAGUUCCCGGAAGGCGAUAUCUCUACCAACAACAGGAAGAGCUAGAGGCUCUGUAUUCGGACGGAAGCCUGAUUCCGAAACCGAAACAUUGGGGAGGAUACAGACUCAAACCGGAGCUUUUUGAAUUUUGGCAAGGACAACCAUCCCGCUUGCAUGAUAGAUUAUGUUACAGUCCAGAGGGUAGUGAUGGAAAGACAGUAUGGAAAAUUGUGAGAUUGUCUCCAUGACUAUUAUCCAAGGCAUCUUCCUUAUGAAAGAAAGGCAUAUUAUAUUCCUUUUGUGUUUUUCUUUUUUUCUUUUUUUAGAGCAUUAAUUCUAAGUUUUAUUUUGUAUGUAACUCUUUAUGCAAGAAAGUGUAGUCCUGUUUGUGUAUUUGGCAACAAGCAUACAUAUACUGAUAUACUAGACUAAUAAUACCAGCUACACUUGCAUCUAC